AUGGAUGACAAGGAUUCACCCGAUCCUUUCGAACCAGAUGAGACGUUUUUUAUGUCAAAUGGCGCCUGUGCCAUGUCGACUAUUCAACCUCACCUCCUCACUAUAUAUGCAGUCACUACGUGGCUGCAUCUGCAAUGGCACCUCCCUCGUGCUGCAUGUAAUGCACUUCUUUCUAUUUUAGGUUGCCUGCUGCUGUUCGUGUCUCCUCAGCUCGAGAUCCCAUUCCGCACCCUGCAGUCAGCCACACGCGUGCUAGCACUCGAUACUCCUUUUUACACCCUUCCUUGCUGCCCCACAUGCCGAGAAGUAUAUCCGCCCGCAGGUUCUACGCACGAGCAAGAUCACUGCAUGACUUGCAAUAUCCCUCUUUUUCUACCUGAUACCACCAAGCGCGGUUUUCUGCGAGCGAAGAAAAUUCCAUAUGUUAAAUACCCAUAUCUCCCUCUUUCAGUCCAAAUUCAGUCCAUCUUAAUGAUCCUGGGAGUUGAGGCAACACUUGAUGGCUGGCGUUCAAAGCCACGAACACCCGGUCAAUACACAGAUAUCUUCGAUGGGAAUGUGUGUCGCUUGAAUCUUAAAGCGCCUGAUGGGACACUUUUCUUUUCGAAUAGCCCAAAUGAACUUCAAGGUCCCAACAACGAGCUUCGCUUAGGCGUCAAUCUAGGGAUUGAUUGGUUCUCGUAUAUUCGCAGCAACAUCGCACCCUCGCAUUCGUCAUGCCCCACAUCAUUUUCUAUCUGUAACCUUCCCCCCAAGUACCGAUAUCGCACCUCAAACUUAAUAUCUCUUACGGCUAUGGAAGCAUGGCAUCAAGGUACCAACAGAAUCGUGAGUAUUUUAAAUCCACAGAUCUAUCCGAAGAUUGGCUCAUACUCUUAUCAAGGUCGACUUGUUCGGGUUGCCCUUGUUGCCGUCGUUUGUGAUAAGCCUGCCGCUCACAAGAUUGGUGGUUUUGGAUCGCAUUCACACACUAAUCUAUGCACAGCCUGUUGGAUCACGCAAGUGGAUAAAGCACGAGCAGCAGCAUUUGUGAAGGAUGCAUUUAAGGAACGGACAAAUUUGGAACAGCGGGAGUUAGGAGAACAAUACCGACAACUGACGACACCCACUGCACGCAAAAACUUUGUGAAGGACUUCGCGACAUGCUAUACCCAGCUUGCAAGGCUCCCGUACUUUGAUUUAGUUAAUCAGGUUGUGAUCGAUCCCAUGCACAAUCUCUUCCUGGGACUUGUCAAAACUCAUUUCUACAAUAUCUGGGUUCAAGGAAAAGUACUUCGUCCAAAUCACGAACUAACCGCCUUUCAUGAAAUGCUUGCCAAUUUCACUCUACCGAGCUCCUGCGGCAAGCUUCCUAAAGACAUAGGAAUGCCCUCUGGAGGAUCGCUGACUGCAGAUCAAUGGCUCUUACUUUCGACUGUAUACGGGCCAAUAGUUAUACCUCAACUAUGGAGUGCUUGUGCGCCGAGUGCUGAUAGUAAUCAUAUUCUGCAAGAUCAUGUUGCGCAGAUUGAACGACUCAAAAUGGAGAAGACUCGUCAGGCCGAGAAGAAAAUUGUGGAACGAAGGGCACUCGAAGCAGCGAAAAAGCAAGGUAAAGAGGCUCACGCACUUGAGAAGGCUCGUAUUGCCCGGGAGAAGGAAUUGGAAGCUGCUGCAAAGAAUGACACACGACUUAAAGCUGCUGCUGCAAAGCAAGUAGAAAAGGUUCGGAUCGCUGCUGAGAAGAAGGCUGAGAAGGCACGCAUCUCUGCAGAGAAAAAAGCAGCGAGACAUCGCAAGAAGGUCCCCCAUGUGACUGAUACCGGUGAUGAGGAAGAAGAGCUCAAGUUCGGUCUGCAUCCAGAUGACCCUGCUAAUUUUCUCAAGCUAUCUGGUGCCCUUCGCAUCCUGAUGCAUCAUACUUUAUCUGACACAGAUAUUGACUGUGCAGAUACUCUCAUCCGGCAAUAUGCUACCGAAUUACUCAAGCUUUAUGGCUCAAACAUUAUCAAACCAAACCAUCACUACGCCACACAUAUUGUAAGUUUCGUGCGCAACUUCGGACCACUCCACAACUUCUGGACUUUUCUUUUCGAGUGUCUUAAUAAAGUUCUCAAGUCCUUCAAGACGAACAACCACGGAGAUGGAGAACUUGAGACGACAUUUUUCUCAGAGUUCCACCGAACGUGCGAGUCGAGUCACUUAACAUAUGCGUUAUUACAGAUGCCCAAAGAGUCUCUGCCAUGCGAAGUGGCAGAGCAUAUGCUUAAGGCUUCAUCCGAAGAACGUGGUACGGUUGCCGCUCUUGCCGCUCUAUCUACAGAGUUAGAUGAGGUCAACGCUGACGCCGGGCAGACUUAUGCACUCAGCCCACGGCGUCAAAAGACCUCGAUGACCCUGGAGACAUGUCGCUUACUCGCCAAGACACUUUGUUUCCGUUCACCUCAGACCCCCGUGCACUGUUGA